AUGCCUUCGCUCGUCACUGUCAACAACAACGUUUCACUCAUCAGCAUCAACGUCGCGCCAGGCACCUGGCUCGCAACCGUCACCGUCUUGUUUGUCCUGCUGGCCGCCUACAUCCCCAGCGUGCCGUCGAUCCGUCUCCCGCGCUUCGCUCUUCCCCAGCUUGCGCCUUUGCUGCCGUCUUUUUCCCGAUUAUCCGCCCCUUCCUCAACGCCUGCGCGCAGGACGAGUGCUGCGCGCAACCCUUUGGCCCCGUACCCGCGCGGCCGUCAGCUCGUGCUUCAGGACCAGUCUCUGGUCGCUGCGCAAGGGCUCGACGCCUCCUUGCAGGACUUCGAAUCCCCGGCGAGCCCGAUAUCGAUGCGGCACUCGUCGGCACUGCCCAGCGAGCCGGCAACGGAGGAGCUCGAGGACUCAGAAACAGGUUCGGUCGGUGGGUACUCGCCGCCGGCCUGGCGGAGGCUCGGCAACGGAGACCGGAGCAGCGGCUUCUGGAAGCACCACCCCCAUCCACAUUCAGAACAUGAGCGCUUUGCGAGAGGCGCAGCUCGCAUGUCAGACGACGAUGGCGACGACGACGACGACGACGACGACGACGAUGAUGAUGUCAUCCUCCAUCAGGCCAUUCGUACGAGGCUGCCACAAGGGAGCCUCAGUCCCGAGAAGGGACGCAGCCCUAGCCCGGACCGCGGCGAAGACGUCACUGUGAGAAUCGGCCGUGAAGCAAGCGCCGCCGCCUCUGCAAAGGAGCCGCGGCAUUCGCCAGGGCCCGACAACUACUUUCGCUUCGCGGUUCGCGCCGAAGUCCAGCAGCGGACAAAGCUCAUCGAGGCCGCCGUCGCAUUCAUCCAAGCGCGGUAUCGACUGCUGACGAAGAGCUGGCGAUGCCUCCUGUCGAGCGUGCUCGUCGCGUUUCUGUCCGUCUCCGCCCUGAGGGUCUUGACCAAACCAGCUGCCCCUCGGCCCGCCGGCGACCUGGUCAAGGUGGCCGGCAUCGCCCGCUCCUUCGAACCUCUGAUCUACUUCUCCGAGCCUGCCGUCGCGCACGUCAAGGACCUGCAGUCGACGAGCAUCGCCGUGUGGGACCUGGCCGAGUCGGUGCGCGUCAGCGGCAUGUCGGACGCGGACAUCAUCGUCGAAAACCUCGACGCCAUCAGCGAGGCCAUGAAGAAGCUCGUCCUGGACCUGACCAAGUUCCACACCCACGUGGACGGCGACAUUGACAGCAUCCUCAGCGUCAUGGACUGGGCCCGGAUGCACCUGGACCGCCUCAACAGCCGCCCGCCGCCGUCGUCCAUGUCCCACGCCUACGACAACAUCCACAACUUCCUCACCACGACGGCCGUCCUCGAGGACAGCCACGGGACCCCCACGCGCCUCGGGCGGCUCACCACCGCCGUCUUCGGCAUGUCCAACCCCCAGCGCGAGCAGCGCAUGGUCCAGCUCCUCUUCAACAACCUCCUCUCCACGCUCGAGGAGGCCAUCCAGGCCGAGCUGGAGAACUCCGUCUCCCUCUUCGCCCUCUUCGACGACAUCGACGCCCACUUCCUCAAGCUGGCCCGCACCGUGGCCCACGAGUCCUCCACGCAGGAGGAGUUCCAGGCCGAGCUGCUGUCGGGGCUGUGGGCGCGCAUCCUCGGCCCGCGCGCCGCCCAGCUGCGCAAGUUUGAGCGCAACCGCGCCCUGCUGCACAACGUGCGCCAGAAGACGGUCCGCAACAAGGGCGACCUGGUCGGCCACCACGGCAAGCUGCUCACCCUCAAGUCGUCGCUCGAGAGCCUGCGCGGCAAGCUGGCCUCGCAGCUGGUCCGGGGGCUCAACUCGUCCACCCUCACGCUCGAGGACCAGAUCAAGGGCGUGGCCGGCGUGCGCGACUACCUGGCCGACAUCCGGGCCCAGCAGAGGACAAAGGUCAUGGAGACGCUGUACUCGGUCGACCGGAGCCACAAGUACGCGCAGCGCGCGAUUGACCCGGGCAAUACCAUAGGCGACGGGUCAUGGUGA